AUGAGGGUAACGCAAACGGGAUCACUCAUCAUAGGAAAAGUGGAUUCCUCCAUGAAAGGAUCCUAUACCUGUGAAGCAGAAAACGGAUUUGGUAAAUCUCUUAGAAAAACUAUUUCAAUUUCAGUCCGAGGCCCACCAAAGCUUCAACCAAUAUUUUUGCCCGAAUAUGUAUCAUCAGGUGAAAAAGUAACAGCAGCUUGCGCUGUAAAAAGUGGCAUCAGGCCUUUGAAAUUCAAGUGGGAAAAGGAUGGUAGAAAUAUAGAAGACAUUCCGAAUUCUUCAGUUGAUAUUCAAUCGGAUUACUCAGUCAUGACCAUCGGUCCAGCCACAAAACAAAAUAUUGGAAAUUAUACUUGUAUUGUAGAAAAUUCACAAGGAAGAGAUUCAUACACCGUAGCACUUGUGUUAAAGUAUGUAUUUCUUAACGAAAUCAGCGAAGUUCCUGUACAGAGCGAUAAUCAUAUAAAUGUUCAUGCUAAUGGAACCUUAGCGAUACCAAGCGUUAACUAUGAAGACGGUGGUAACUACAAAUGUGAAGCAACGAACAACAUUGACGGUUCCUUGCACAAGAAGAUCAACAUCCUUAUCAAUGUGCCACCCAUUGUCCAGCCUUUUAAUUUUCCGGAGUCUGCUUCGCAAGGUCAACGAAUUACUGCGACAUGUGGCAUCUUACAAGGUUCGAAAAUUUUGCAAUUUCACUGGCUUAAAGAUGGGCAAGCUCUACAAGGAAUUCCAAAUACUUCAGUGGAUAUGCAAGCUGAGUAUUCUGUUCUUACAAUUGUACCAGCAUCUAAAUCGAAUGUUGGAAAUUACACUUGUAUAGUUAAAAACGAUUUUGGUGAAGAUAGACAUACAGCAAGUUUUAGCUUAAAAGAACCACCCAUAUGGAAAACGGAGCCUUAUGAUAUUGUUGGAGUUGAAGGUCAAGCUGUCGAGUUGCACUGUUCCGCAGAAGGUUCUCCAAAACCACAGAUAAAAUGGAAAAAAAGAGAAGGAGAGGUUGAAGCAGACUUGAAGGAUUCAAUGAGUGUUCUUUCUAAUGGUUCCUUAAUUAUCCCCACAUUAAAAUAUGAAUAUACGGGAAUAUAUCUCUGUGAAGCAAACAAUGGAAUCGGAAAAGCUAUUCAAAAAUCCAUAUCAAUUCAGGUUCACGGUAUUGAUUUGAAGCCGACGGUCGAACUAGGAAAUUCUAGAAGAUAUUUGUUUCAUAAUGACGGUUUAACUAUAACAAACGUACUAAAAGAAGAUCAAGGAAAAUAUAUUUGGUUUGCUUCUAAUGGUAAAUGA